GACAUCACAUCAUGUCAUGUUGGAUCCUGUAAGGACGCACGCCGUUCAGGUAAAACUGGUUUGGUCGCAUUGAGACAGCCUUCCUCCCUCCUCCUCGCUUCAAAGCCUUCCUUUUCCAUCUGUGUCUGCGGCUCACAGCGUCUUACAUGGUCUGACUGACGCGUCUUGUUCUCUGAGGGUCAUCAUGGAUUACUCUCAACCGUUCUCGGUGCUCAAUGAGAAGCUGAAACCUCGGCUGAGCUCCAGCGAGCAGCUCCACUCUUCCCUUUGCAGGCUGGAGGAGAAGAAAGUGGACUCCCUCAGGAUCAAAGCCUCCUCGUACUUAACAGCUCUCCUCCAAGAUGAGCCAGACUCACAAAUCUCCAAGGAAGACCCGCAGGAACCUCGAACUACCACGAAACAAGAAGGGUUGUUCGGCGGCGGCCCCGAGGAGGGGCCUUGCUCGGAUCUGCUGCCUUUCAUCAACUCCAGCUUCAGCACUGAUUUUAAGCUCGAGGACGAGGAUGAAGAGGAGCAGGCCAACGACAACAGCAGCGUGACGGCGUCCGAGGAGACGGACAGUGCAAGCGAACUGACCUCGGAGGAGGGAAGAGACUCUGUGAGGUCAGGAGCAGAGGCCAAGGUGCGGGAGAGCCCCUUCCAGAGGUUCUACGCCGACAAGACCCUGCCGGACCUGGUCAACAGCGGCAGGCCGCUCGGCAGACGCAGGACGCUGACGCAUGUCUCAGACACGCUUAAAGAAGUACGCAGGGAAGUGGAGCUGUCCCGCAGGAGGAGCAUCAAGCUAAAGGCUCAGGUGGACAAACUACAGGGGAGCAACGAUGGACCUGGAUGGAGCCAGCACCGAGAGAGGGUCACAGACGAAGUCCUGUCGGUUCUGAGGCUGCUGCACCCGCUGCUAGAGCCAGAGUCCAGCCAGCCUGAGCCCAAACCGGGGGAGAACCGCCUGGAUGCCGCUCUGGUGGAGCUGAAGAAUGUGGCCCGACAACUGGCAAUUAGCCAUACCAAGAAUGACUCCAAAUCUUGGGCGAGUGGAGUCGAGGAGAGCCCUAUCCUGCAGCAGGCUCUGAGGGACAGAGACGACGCCAUAGAGAAGAAGAAGGCGAUGGAGGGCGAGGUGCUCCGGAGCAAGACCGAGCUGAUGAUGCUGAACAACCAGCUGCUGGAGGCGGCACAGAAGCGUCUGGAGCUGUCGCUGGAGCUCGAGGCCUGGAAGGACGACUUUCAGCGCCUCCUCCAGCAGCAGGUCAUGAAUCAGCAUCUGGCGGAGCAGCAGGCCCAGGCCAAGUCGUCUCGCAAGGGCCUCCUGAGGAGAAACAAACAGCCUCUCAUCCAGCGGCCGGCCAACUUCUCACACGCGGCACCCACGCCUCCCACCACCAACUCCAGCGGGAUCUUCGUGAACAAAUCUGCCAACCCUUCUCCUCCAACUUCCGCCAUGCCGUCUCCUCCUCCUGCUUCCAACACACGCACCUGGCGGGACAAGCUGAAGAAGAGCAGGCCUCGCCUCGGACAGCUGGACGGAGCAGAGCAGGAGAAAGAGUGGGGCAGAGGAGACGAUGGCUUCCAGGCGGUUUCGCUCGACUGAAACCGUCAUGACUGUACAGACAUGACAUUUAAAUAAAAAAAAAAAAACAUGCUGCUUAUUUUAAGUUUGAAUGACUGGAGUCCAGUUUGACAGCAGAAAGCCAGUCUCACACGAAUCUGCUGAGCUUUAGGUUUGAAAAGGAGACAAACUCCAAUCCACAGAGACAUGUUUAAUCAGAAAUAACUGCGUAAAGACCAAUACAUUUUCCACAAGAACAAAGAAAUGGGUUCUUCUUUGAUCCAAGGCUGCAAGAACGAAGUUCCUUCUGGGCCGGACGACUCAUAGUUUACAAGAUCUUACGUGCAGAAGUCCAAGGAUGUCCUACUGCACCAAACCGCCCUCAUAUUUCUCUGGCACCACACCAAGGAAAAGGUUCUGCCCAGAAUAUGGGUCAAGAACGAGCUGCAAGAACAGAGUGUCUUUUUGUUCUUGCGGUCCCAGGAGAGAGAACAGAUUUAUGUGGUCUCCCAGAGAAUGCAUUGGUCUUGAGUCUCCAUUCAGCUGCAGAUUCCUGUGUCUGCAGUUUGGAGUUUUAAACCACUUCCAUCAGUUUAAACCAUGAACUGAACUUUCUGAUGGACCAGAAUUUUGUGGCUUACAUUCUCCAGUUUCGUAAAGCUUUUAGCUCGUUCUGAUAUGUCUUUAAUGCUGUGCACUAUUUGUCUUAGAAGUCGGAUUCCGGAUCUGGUUUUCAUAUAUCCACCCGAGGUGAGCUUGAUCCGUUCGCGCUUUGGGAAACCAGUGGGAUUCUCGAAUUGUUGUGUGUAGCAACCAAGCUAACCAUCAUUAGCAAAACAAGCUGAUGACAACAUAUUUUUUUCUCCCUUCUUGUCUGUCAAAUAGUGAAGGAACAUAUUUUCACAGAUGGAUAUCAGACAACCCGUGGUUCAGUUACAACCCAUCAGAAAGGCUAACAAACACCUUUUAUGAUGUUGUGGCACUGGUGGCCUUUAUUUGACAGUAAGCUGAGAGGAAAUGGGGUUAAUAGCGAGCGGCAGACAUGCGGCAAAGCUGCACGAGCCGGGACUCAAACCCUAUACAGCUGUGUCAAAGGCUGAGGCCUCUGUAUGAAGGUCGCCCGGUCUACCUCCUCAACCAUCAUCUCAUGCCAGCAAAAGCUUUCUGAUACCUCCACAGUUUUGGAAGCACAGCAGUCAUAGUGAAUGUGAAUCCAUUUUCCAAGUUGAAAUUCCAACACAAGGGGGCGCUCAUAAGUACACCAAACCAAGUAAACUACUAUGAUCAGCGUACAAAACGUUGUCUUCCAGUCUUCAAUAUUUAAUUUGAUUAUAAGUAGAGGCAUUGUUGCUGUUUGUGUAAAAAAAUUUAAAUAUUUCUAUUUUUUUUUUUACAAACAGCAGG